AUGGUCACACAACAAGAAGAAGAUGCAUUCUCCAAGCUAAACUCGAUGCCCAAUGUCAUGGAAAACAAGAAAACAUUACUUUUCCUUCAAGAUAGUACCACUUUAAUAUUUGGACUUUGUUCCGGGAUAUUACAAUUAGAAUCAAUGAAUGGGUUUUAUAUGUUUGUAUUAAGUUAUGUUUUCGUUUGUUCUUUAUUCCUUAUGUGGAUUUGUCAUGGGAAACCAGCUAAAUAUUUUAUGAGCCCCAUACAGGAUAUCUUUUUGGAAUCGUUCUUUAGAGAGCUUAUGGGGUUUGUUAUGGCUUGGACUUUCUCGUACGCAUUAGUUGGAUGA